AUGCCGAUGAAGCUCGAAGGAAGCUGCCAAUGCGGAGGCGUGGAAUUUACUUUACAAUCCCAAACCCCAGUCCCGUACCAGCUCUGCGCCUGCAGCAUCUGCCGGAAAGUCGGCGGACACCUCGGCUGUGUCAACAUAGGUGGAAUAGCAGACAGCCUGAACAUCAUCAAGGGCAAAGACCUGAUCAAGAAAUACCGUGCACUCAAAGACCGCGGCACGCCGCAGGAAGAGCUUUGUUCUUCCGAGAGGAACUUCUGCUCGAAUUGCAGUACCAUGCUCUGGCUGUGGGAUCACCAUUGGCCUGAGUUGAUUCACCCAUUUGCAUCGGCGAUUGAUACAGACUUGCCAGUCCCAGAUGAGAUGGUCUGUAUUAUGGAAGGCUCGAAGCCGGCGUGGGCAAGGUGGCCCGAGGGGAAGAAAAAUGUGCAUGAGUUGUACGGUGGGGAUAGUCUUGAGGGAUGGCACAAGAAACAUGGGCUUUUCUUCGAGUAA